GUCAGAGUUGGGUGCAGCUCCACCAGAGAAGGAAGCGGAGUUUCCGGCUGUUUGCAGCGGAGGGAGAGGAUUGCUGACGCCGCGAAACCCCGAGAAAAACGCCGCCGGCUCGGGGGCUAAGAGUUUCUAACAUCUGUAGUGGUCGUAUUCUUUCAUAUCGGGGGAUCUGGGGGCAGGUGAUUUUUUACGGGCCGAGGGGGUCGGACAGCAAACCGAGCAAAGAAGCGGCACAAGGCGGGGGUGAGCCACCAGCUACCGGCAUGGCCAGGGACUACGAUUACCUCUUCAAGCUGCUCAUCAUCGGUGACAGCGGAGUGGGGAAGAGCAGUCUCCUCCUGCGAUUUGCAGACAACACAUUUUCAGGUAGCUAUAUCACCACGAUUGGGGUGGACUUUAAGAUCCGGACAGUGGAGAUCAACGGGGAAAAGGUGAAGCUACAGAUCUGGGAUACAGCAGGGCAGGAGCGCUUUCGCACCAUCACCUCUACGUACUACAGAGGAACACAUGGGGUCAUAGUGGUAUACGACGUCACGAGUGCCGAGUCCUUUGUCAACGUCAAACGAUGGUUACAUGAAAUCAACCAGAACUGUGACGACGUGUGCCGAAUAUUAGUGGGAAACAAGAACGACGACCCCAACUCCAAGGUGGUCGAGACGACUGACGCGCAGAAGUUCGCUGAGCAGAUGGGAAUCAACCUGUUUGAGACGAGUGCAAAAGAGAACAUCAAUGUUGAAGAGAUGUUCAACUGCAUCACAGAGCUAGUGCUAAGAGCCAAAAAGGAGGUGCUAGCCAAGCAGCAGCAGCAGCAACAGAACGACGUGGUCAAACUCACCCGGAACAGUAAACGAAAGAAAAAGUGCUGCUAGCAAACUCGAAGCCAUCCACAAAAAGGCCGGCGGUGUCUUUUUCUUCACACACACAUACACACACAAUGGGACUCAGAGCAUCUAAAUUAAAGAGCAGAUACAGAUUUAAUAAAUAUACGGUGAAAGAUUAAAAAAUAAAUGAAUAAAUGAAAAAAGUCCCCUUUGGACAAACUAAUCAUGAAGACUUUAAAAAAAAAUGUACAGAUUUUAUCAGACAUCAGAUCAAGUUUUAUUUGGAAUUCAGCAGAUGGGCACUAUUGACCUGAGGUCCUGCUUUCUUAAAGGAUCUGCAAGCUGACAACUGACUGCCAUAAAUCUCAGAUUUAUAUCCACAUAAUCCCCAUAUUCUUCAUCAGUAUCUCAUCUCUCCUUCUCAUUCCACUGCACACGGGACAUUCAGAGUCGAGUCAGACUCUGCGCCUGAGGAGAAGGAGGGCUCACCAUUUUUUGGAUCUAUUUGUUUGUUUCUAGUUUUAUUUUAUGGGGAGGGGAGGGGUGGGCUGGGAUGAGGGGCUGUUUUGUUGGUCAGGAGGCGGUUUGGAACGGACGUCUGAGUAAAGAGGUCUCGUCACCUCUCUCCAGUUUGAGCAUUUCAGACACCUGCGUUACCACAGCUCUCACCAACAGAUCAUGAACUGCUAGAUUUUGUUUUAUUUGACUUGAUGGGGAAAAAAAAUCACAUGGAUGAUGAUGAUGAUGAUGAUGAUGAUGAAGAAGAUGACUGGUAGACAACCUUUAGCAACUAAUCCGAUGGACAGAACUGGUUUAUUUUUUUUUGUCUAUGUUUUGCCAAGCUUCCCACCCUCUCUCCUCUAACCUCCAGUAGUGCUGAGCCAGCAAUAAUUGAUUUUAUUUUAUUUUAUUUUUUUCUUUUUUGUCUUUUUGUUCAAGUGCAGCAGAGCAGUUGAACCACUCCUGGAGCUCUCGGACGUUUAGCUCUGACAGCACCGGUCACUGCAGUCUUACUAUGCUUUCAAAGUUUGCUUUUAAACCUUUUCCUCCACAUUUUUUUUUUAAAGAACGAUACUGCCAACAUAAAAAAAAGAUAGUAGACGCUCAGUGGCGCCUCUCAUUUGGACUGUUGCCAUAACGGCCCCUAGUCGGCCAAGAGGCGGGGUGAAUCAGGGUCUGAUUGGACCUUGUUGAGUCCUCAGGAAGCGUUCAGGCCUAAGCUCCCACCCACUCUCUCCCUCUCUUUCUCAUUCUAAUAUCUGCAGCCACCGGCCUUCUCCCCACACAACACCCACAUAUCAGCACCUCUCACAGCGAUGGACUCGCCUCCUGUAUUCGGUCACUCUCGGGACACGAGGAGGCUCUUACUCCUGACACCGGCCUCUUACUCAUCGCGGUGACCUCCAAUCCAUAGCAGACUUUUUGCCCUUGGUUUUUUUGAGCAUAUAACACUUUAUUUGAAGGGGUAUUUAAAAGGUUUCGCCAUGCAUUUAGACUGUCAAGGAUUUACUGUGUUUCUUCAGUUUGCAGGAUAUUCUUAAUAGUUAACUAAUGUUAAAGUCUGAUGUCAUUUUCAACUGAAGUGUUACUGGACAGUGUUUUUGGCAUCCAUGAUGAGAGUGUGGCAGAGAGUGGGACUGUUAAUGUAAGAACAGAUGGGGAUGAGCUGCAGCACUGGAUCUCAGUGUGUUUGGGCCUGAGCUCCUCUCGAUCUCCACGUGCACCACCAGGGUUUGUCGCAGAGGCAAAGCAUCACACUCUGUCUAUUCCUGACUUUUUCUUCUUUAUUUUGAAUUGGGAGAGUAAUAAAAGGAGAGAGCUGUAGCUAUUGGCUAAGAUUCUGAUGGAAAUAUUUUGUUUUCAUCCUCUGCACAGACUCUGGCAGGCAGUUUGGGAUCCUGAUAAACGUCGAGAGGUCGCUGUGACCUGAUACCAUAUCUAGACCGAGGGCCUAGAGAUGGUAUCAGAUCUCACACUUUAUGAUUUCUAUUCAUUAUGUGUAUGUAUAUAUAAAUAUAUUUGUGUGUUUAUAUUCAGUACGGAACAUACACACAUAAUUAGCGCACCAAACUGUGCAUGUGUUAAACAUGCCUUGUGUGCUAUGGUUGAAACACACUCGUCAGCUGUGGUUUGCUGUACACUGGAGAAAAAGAGAUGUACUAUUCAUUUUUCCCUACAUGAAUUUAAUCAGUAAUAAACGUUUUAAAAGAAUAAAUAUUUGACACAUAA